AUGGCGUCCGAUUUGACGACCGCGAUUCUGGACGCCCUGUCCGCGUCCGAUGCGCCCAUCCUCUCCAACCAAGCCUUCCCCUCCGACCCCUCAUUGAAUGUCAAAAGUGCGCUGGACCGCUUGGCGUCGCGGCUGAUGGUCGAAUAUGAGACCAAAGAGAAGGAUAUCAUUGUUCUCACCUCCGAGGGUGAGGCGAUUGUGGCCAAUGGCUCUCACGAGGCCAGGGUCUUCAACGCCGUUGUCAAGGCCUUGGACGGACUGAAGAUCACCGAUUUGCCUGGAAUCGUGGGGAAGGACAGCGCCAAGGUUGGCCAGGGCAAUGCGUUCAAGCGCGGUUGGAUCAAGAAGGACAAUGACUUGCUGCGUGCGGCCAAGGAGUCAAUUGUUGACGAGACCCGCGAGCAGCUCCUCGGCGUUCAGAAGACCAAGUCUCUCGACGACUCCAAGGCACUUGCCGAUCUCAAGCGGAGAAAACUGAUUUCCAUGUCCAAGGAAUUCGCCUUUGUGAUCUCCAAGGGCCCCAAGUAUGCCCGGGAAAUCGCCAAGGAGGAGACCGAUCUUACAGCCGAGAUGAUCGCCAAUGGCUCCUGGAAGACCACCCAGUUCAAGCCCUAUAACUUCAACGCCAAGGGUGCUCCCACACCCGCCGGCGCUCUGCACCCGCUCAACAAGGUGCGGCAGGAGUUCCGGCACAUCUUCUUCGAGAUGGGCUUCGAGGAGAUGCCGACCAACCGCUACGUGGAGACGGGUUUCUGGAACUUCGACGCUCUGUUCGUGCCCCAGCAACACCCUGCCCGUGACCUUCAAGAUACCUUCUACAUUGCCGAUCCUCUCACGGCUGAUCCUCCGCGCGAGGAUCCCCCGAACGACCCGCACCUAUCCAAGGCAGACAAGCCCCUCGACUACAAGCAAUACUGGGAUAACGUGCACGAUGUCCACGAGAAGGGCAAGUUUGGCUCCAUCGGAUACCGCUACCCCUGGAACCCUGACGAGUCCCUACGGCUGGUGCUCCGCACGCACACGACCUCCAUCUCGGCGUACAUGCUGCACAAGCUCGCCGCCAACCCGCGGCCGGCCCGCUUCUUCAGUAUCGACCGUGUGUUCCGUAACGAGGCCGUCGAUGCCACUCACUUGGCUGAGUUCCACCAGAUCGAGGGUGUCAUUGCCGACUUCGGCCUGACUCUGGGUGGUCUGAUUGGUUUCAUGGAGGUCUUCUUUUCCAAGAUGGGCAUUCACCAGCUCCGCUUCAAGCCUGCCUAUAACCCCUACACCGAGCCCAGUAUGGAGAUUUUCGGCUACCACGAGGGUCUGGGCAAGUGGGUGGAGAUUGGUAACAGCGGUAUGUUCCGGCCUGAGAUGCUGGAGUCCAUGGGUAUUCCCAAGGACAUGAGAGUCUACGGCUGGGGUCUGAGUUUGGAGAGACCUACUAUGAUCAAAUAUGCCGUGAGCAACAUCCGUGAGCUUCUUGGCCACAAGGUCGACCUGAACUUCAUUGAGAGCAACCCGGCCGUGCGUCUGGAGAAGGAGUAA